AAAAAGCCUACCUUUGAACGUCUUAAUAAAAACACUAAUAAAGCUCUUAACUUUCUUAAACAAUACGUGUUACUCAUUGGGACCGUAGACCGUAGUUGUAUUGAUUUGACUUUUUGAUUUUUUUUCAUAAUAAGAAUUUCUCCAUUUUCUUCUCAACUAACCCCGCAGAAUUCCACCUAAAACCCAGUUUCCAUUGAUUUUUCUUUUUUAUCAUUUUCUUUUGCUCUUUUCUAUCCCAAAGAGAAAUAGUUCUUCAGAUCAAUAAACCAUGGAAGCAGCAGCAGCAUCUUUAUCUGGAUCCAAUAUCUUCCAUCGUAAUUACAGAUUUUCAAGGUCGAUUAAUCGGCGCAGAUAUAUUGCUUCUGGGUCACGCUAUUUCUCAAAUUCUGAUUUGAAUACUCAAAAUCAUAGCGUUUUCAAAGGACCCAAUCUCAGUAAUGUACAAAUUCAAAAGAGAAAUUUGAGGCUACAAAUGAAUUGCGCUCUGGGUGUUUGUACUUUCCCUGAAAAUGUUAUGGAAUCUCAUCACUCACAUAUUGUGGAAGAGAAACUUGGGGUCUUGCUUUUGAACCUUGGAGGUCCCGAGACACUUAAUGAUGUUCAACCCUUUUUGUAUAACUUGUUUGCUGAUCCUGAUAUUAUACGGUUGCCUCGGCUAUUGAGGUUUCUUCAACGACCAUUGGCAAAGUUAAUAUCUGUUCUUAGAGCUCCUAAGAGCAAAGAAGGGUAUGCUGCUAUCGGUGGCGGUUCACCUUUGCGUAAAAUAACCGAUGAACAGGCGGAUGCUCUUAGAAUGGCUUUGGAGGCAAAGAACAUACGUGCUAAUGUAUAUGUUGGAAUGCGAUAUUGGUUCCCCUUCACCGAGGAAGCAAUUGAACAGAUUAAGCGGGACAGAAUAACAAAGCUCGUUGUGCUGCCUCUAUAUCCUCAGUUCUCCAUCUCCACAACCGGUUCCAGCAUCCGUGUUCUCCAACGUAUAUUCAAGGAAGAUGCAUAUUUAUCAAGACUACCUGUAUCCGUCAUUCUUUCAUGGUAUCAACGACAAGGUUAUAUUAACUCUAUGGCUGACUUGAUCGAGAAAGAGUUGGGUAAAUUUGCAAAGCCUGAAGAGGUCAUGAUAUUCUUUAGUGCCCACGGGGUACCUGUCAGCUAUGUCGAGGAAGCUGGAGAUCCAUACAAAGAUCAAAUGGAGGAGUGUAUCUACUUAAUCAUGCAAGAGCUGAAAGCUAGAGGGAUUGGAAACGAUCAUACCCUCGCUUACCAGAGUCGAGUCGGUCCUGUCCAAUGGCUAAAGCCCUAUACCGAUGAAGUUCUUGUCGAGAUUGGUCAAAAAGGAGUGAAGAGUCUUCUAGCCGUUCCUAUAAGCUUUGUGAGUGAACACAUAGAGACUCUCGAAGAGAUCGACAUGGAAUAUAAACAUUUAGCCCUCGAGUCCGGAAUCAAGAAUUGGGGUCGUGUUCCUGCUCUAGGUUGCAACUCUUUAUUCAUCACUGACUUAGCCGAUGCUGUAGUCGAAGCUCUACCAUCAGCAAAAGCCCUGUCAGCCUCAACGGAAAAUGACGAAGAAGCUGAAUAUGAUCCCUUAAGAUACCUUGUCAAAAUGUUCUUCGGCUCGAUAUUGGCAUUUCUCUUACUAUUGACACCAAAGGUAGUGCUUGCAUUUAGGAAUAGCCUCUUUUAGACAGAAGAUUAAAGGAAAAAAAAAAAGCUUACUAUGUUCAUCAAGAUUAUAGGGGUCUUUGAUUUUGAUAAAAAUUACAGGAACUUGUUUGAAUGCCACUAUUUUGGCUUUGCAUAAAGAAAAAAGAGAUUUUUGAGGACUAA